ACAAAAAUUAAGAAGGAAAAAGAUAAGUGUGUGGACCCUCUGAUAAAAGGAAAUACGGAAAGAUUUCUUGCGGAGAGGGGGAAAGACAGACUUUGGAUGCAUACAUUUGGGGGGGGACUGCCUUUUUAGUUUAUUUAUACUCCUCUCCUAUAUUCCUGCUGGCUGAUGAGGCAGAGAAAGGGGCAGACAAGUAACCAAGACUUACUUUUUUAAAAACAAAGUCUCUGUUUUUUAACCCUUUCUUCCCCACUCCAUGAUUGUGGGAAACGAGAGAAAAUAAUUUGGAGGGGAAAAUGAAGAAGUGCAGAGUCCUCUGUGCAGAAGGCAAGGCUGGAGCCAAACUGUAAGCAGAACCUGCCUCUCUCACCUCUUUGCCUAAGCGUGGGAAUUUAUUAUUUCUUUUAAAGUCUGUCCUUCAAUGUGUCUGGAACUUUUGGGGCUCAGAGUCGGUAUGGAUUUCAGAUUGAUCUUCAUGUCUCUCUGGUACCUGCCUCUCAUCAAUACUGAGGGGGACCCCAUCCCAGAAGACAUUUACAAGAUAAUGAGUGACAGCUCGGUGCGCUCCAGGAGUGACCUCCAGCGUGCCCUGCAGAUAGACUCCGUAGAAGAGGAUGGCUCCAAUUUGGACCUGAACUCAACGCGAGCCCAUCCUGGUCAAAACUUGCCUCGACGGAGACGAAGUCUAGUUGCAGUGGUAGAUGCUGAGCCAGCAGUACUCGCAGAAUGCAAGACACGGACGGAGGUCUUUGAAAUCUCCCGGAGCAUGGUAGAUUCCACCAAUGCCAACUUUGUGGUGUGGCCGCCGUGUGUGGAGGUGCAGCGGUGCUCCGGAUGCUGCAACAACCGCAAUGUGCAGUGUCGCCCCACGCUGGUCCGCGUGCGGCAUGUCCAGGUAAACAAGAUAGAAUUUGUUCAGAAGAAGCCAAACUUUAAAAAAGCCAUUGUGCCCUUGGAGGAUCACCUGGAGUGUCGAUGUGAGGCACUGUCGUCUCAGCCCUCCAGUCGCAGUCGGCCAGGUUCACGUGAACACAGAGGUAAGUCACCAUCGAUCACUGCAGCCCCUGUUUCGGUGAGACAACGAGCGCGCCAGCUGCCAGCACGAAAGAGAAAACAUCGGAAGUUCAAGCAUGUCCACGAUAAGAAAGUGCUGAAAGAAAUCCUCACAGCAUAGAGGUGCUGGCCGGGGACAGAGUGCAAGGCAGGUUUAUUUAAUAUGCAGUACAACCUGCCUUAGAGAUCACCUCUGAAGAGAAACCACCUGUCACGAGCAACUACUUCCAGAGGCCACAGAACACAACCACUCUCUGGUGUGCCAACCUCGGAAGAGAGACCCCUCUUACAAGUCACCACUUUUGCUAACUCCCAUGAGUGGUCGCUCUUGGCAGGUUUUACUGUAUUUGCUGUAUUGCCCCUAUGGGGUCCUCAGAGUGAUAACUCUUCCUCUCUGUCAGUCUGUCUCGGUGCCCGAGUCGGACGGCAAAUGGUGCUUCCCUUUCCAUGACCGGACCUUCUCCCUCGAUUUCCCUCUCUUCAUUUAUUAACAAUAUUUUAAA